GGCCCGCGUUCGAGUCGCGGUUCGUGCAUUCAUGCUUGAUUUUUGCGCUUUCAUCUUUUUGCCCCUCCAAAUGAUUUUUGGUCACAUGAGCCUCCGCGGUCACCCUACGAUGCCGCCCACGUGAUGCGGCGUUGUCAGUGGUCACUGGAACCUUCUCCAACCGAACCGCAGCCAUCGGCAUGUCAUUACUGCGCAUGUUGAUGCCGCAGCCUUAAACCCAUCAUCAUUCCAUCGCCUUUCGCCUUCAAGUUCACCUUGACAUCCUUCUCUCUUCCACCCUCAUCCGCUGUGCGAAACCCAAUCGCAUAUAAACACCUCAUCCAUUUUUGCUGCUACUCGAUCGAUCGCAAACAAUCCAACCUCUUUUUCUCGUCCUCCAUCAUGCCGUCCACCGCAGGCUAUCAAGCCGCCCCUCAGCGUGACUCGUUCGACGAGCGCGUCUUCACGCAGCCGCCUCCGAACUACCAAGCUACAGGACCGAACUGGGAAGCAGGAGGCUACGGUACACCGCGACAAGAAGAUGACAAUCUGCCCGACGAUUUCAAGUUCGGCGUCAUUGUAGCCGAAGCAACGAUCGACGUACGCAUGUCAUUCAUCCGCAAAGUGUACAGCAUCUUGACGGUGCAACUCCUCCUCACGGCUGGACUCUCGUCGUUGUCGUUUUGGUCGACCGGAUACCGACAAUGGAUUCAAACGAACCCAUGGAUGAUGUGGGUGUCACUAUUCGGCGCGAUCGGCUUUAUGCUUCUCACGUACUGGAAGCGCAAAUCGUAUCCGACCAAUCUCGUGUUUUUGGCCGCCUUCACCGGCCUCGAAGCCUACAGUAUCAGCGUGGUCACGUCGUUCUUCGAGUCGCGCAUCGUCCUUGAAGCCCUGAUUUUGACUUUGGGCAUCUUCGUCGCCUUGACCCUGUUCGCGUGCCAGACCAAAUACGAUUUCACGAGCUGGAUGCCAUAUCUGUUUGGUGCCUUGUGGGGGUUGAUUCUGUUUGGGUUCAUGGCCGCUUUCUUCCCCCAUGGGUCUACGGUCGAGUUGAUCUAUGGUGCCGUUGCGGCCUUGAUCUUCUCUGGGUACAUUCUCGUCGAUACUCAGUUGGUCAUGCGCCAUUAUCAUGUCGAAGAGGAAAUCGCCGCCAGCAUCAGUUUGUAUCUCGACAUUUUGAACCUGUUCCUCGCGAUCCUGAGGAUUCUGAACAGCCAAAACGAUAACUAAACAGCAGUCGUCAGAACUUGGACAGAACUCGGUUCCGUUACUCUCUUUUCCUUUUUUCAGUCAAGCGAAAGGGCGUUUGUGCUUUUUGCCAAGUCAACGAACAUUAUACGGAUGCAAGCGUCUUUGAGACCAUGAUGGAUUAUCCAGAAAGUCGCUUGAGUGGUUUGGUCCUGUUAUGAGUUUGGCUGGCUGGUAUUGUAUGGUACGGCUACGAGCAUGGGACGCAAGGGAAUGCAUCGGGAGACAGACUCACUUGUCAUUCAAGACUCCAAGUUCCUUGAUCCUAUUAUUAAUAAUAUCUUAAUUAGCUCCAGAGUCUGUCUGAUUUGUUCUGUUUCUGUUGUUUCUUCUUUUUAUCGUGAGGAGAACACGAACCUGCGCAGAGCAGACAGGCAGAUGAAAUGAAGAUACCUUAACUUAUCUUGCUCGUCCC